CUGAGCUCCCCGGGCUCUGAACCCUCUUAACUUUCUUCUCAUCGAAACAUCACUUCACAUACCAAACUCUCUCUCUAUUUAAAACAUCCCCAACGCCCAAACUCAAAUCAGCCCAAUAACAAAAAGAUUCCAUCUUUAGUCGGAGGAGAUGGGCGACAAGAAGAAGAAGAAGGGGAGAGGGAGGAAGAGAGUUACUCCCGAGCAAAUCGCUGCAUCGAGAUACGUAAACCGAUGGGUGUUUGGGGACUCGGGUUCGAAUCUGUUGGAUGAUGAUUUUGUGCCGGCUAAUGUUCAGAAGUCGGCGAUCGAGCGCGUGGGGUUUGAGUUCCACUCGCACUCGAGAUGCAGUGAUGGGUUUCUCUCGCCGUCGGCUGUCGUUGAGCGUGCGCAUCGUAAUGGGGUGAAAGUUCUUGCUUUAACAGACCAUGACACUGUAGCUGGUAUACCAGAGGCCAUGGACGCAGCAAAUAAAUUUGGUAUCAAGAUAAUUCCAGGCGUCGAAAUAAGUGCGGUGUAUACUUCAAGGGGAGAGCUUGGAACUGAGGAACCUGUUCAUAUCCUCGCAUACUAUGGUAGCUGUGGGCCUGCAAAGUACGAGGAAUUAGAUGCCUUAUUGGCCAGUAUCAGAGAAGGCCGUCACCUCCGUGCUCAGAAUAUGCUGUUGAAACUGAAUAAACUAAAAAAAACCAUAAAAUGGGAGCAUGUCUGUAAGAUUGCAGGGAAUGGAGUGGCUCCAGGAAGGCUUCACGUAGCUCGAGCACUGGUUGAAGCUGGUCAUGUAGAGAAUUUAAAACAAGCAUUUAGCAGAUAUCUCUAUGAUGGCGGACCAGCUUAUGCCACAGGUAAUGAGCCCAUGGCCGAAGAAGUAGUUCAAUUGAUUUGUCAUACAGGAGGAAUAUCUGCUUUGGCUCAUCCAUGGGCUUUGAAAAAUCCAGUUUCUGUUAUCAGAAGCUUGAAAGCUGCUGGCCUUCAUGCUAUGGAGGUCUAUAGAAGUGACGGGAAGGUUUCAGGAUUCAGUGACUUGGCUGACAAUUAUGGGCUUUUGAAGCUUGGAGGCUCAGAUUAUCAUGGAAGAGGUGGGCACGAUGAAUCUGAUCUGGGAAGUGUUAAGCUUCCAAUUCUAGCUGUUUAUGAGUUCUUGAAGCUUGCUAGGCCAAUUUGGUGCAAUGCUACAAAGGACAUCCUGUUAUCUUUUGCUAAUGACCCGACUGAAAAUAACCUAGAGAAAAUUACGAUGUUUGGAAAACCGAAGAAUCUGAAGAGCAAUUCAACCAGUGGUAAUGGCAUUGUUGAAAUGUGCCUGUCUUCUUGGCUGACUGCUGAGGAAAUGAAGGCUGUUGAAUUUGAGGCCAUCAGGCUGAAACUUUCUCAGGUUUCUAUGAGUCAACUUGCUGGAGUGAGCAGGUGACUUCGGGUAUAAGUUUCUAAAAUAACUGAGUUAUUUUCACGGCUACCUUUUCACUGCAUCUAAAUGCUUAUCCCUGUCAAAAAUAGUGGUUUUAUUUUUGUACACAAUGGGUAUAAUGAUGUCUGAAGAAGCACAAAUUUUGAAAGGGAUGUAUAGUUUGGUGGUCGGUGUUUUUUACCAGUUAUUUAGGCUUAAGUUUAAAAUGCUCAUGCUUGUUUUAUACUUUUGAAACUGCUACUACUUAUCUGUGGUGCUCCAAGCUCUUUUGAGAUGCAACAUUAAUGUUUUAUAUUGCAAAAUUGAUACGGAACUGCGCCUAUUACUCAA